CUCGUAGCCCGUGGGCGUCUCCCUCCCUCAAGCCCACGUCUCGCCCACUUCGCGCGCGGGGUAGCGCGGGCUUCCGCGACGGGAACCCUUGAGGGAUAUGGCAGCCACGGCGGCCCUGGCCACCGGCACCCGAAACGGGACUGGCCCGGAAUGGGGAGGGUUCGAAGAAAACCAGGGUGGGGGCUCAGCUGUGAUUGACAUGGAGAACAUGGAUGACACUUCAGGCUCCAGCUUUGAAGAUAUGGGUGAGCUACAUCAGCGCUUGCGGGAAGAAGAAGAUGAUGCUGAUGCGGCCGCAGCUGAAGAAGAGGAUGGGGAAUUCCUGGGCAUGAAGGGCUUUAAAGGACAGCUGAGCAGGCAGGUGGCUGAUCAGAUGUGGCAGGCAGGGAAGAGACAAGCCUCCAGGGCCUUCAGCUUGUACGCCAACAUUGACAUCCUGAGACCUUACUUUGACGUGGAGCCUGCCCAGGUGCGAAGCAGGCUCCUGGAAUCCAUGAUCCCUAUCAAGAUGGUCAACUUCCCCCAGAAAAUUGCAGGUGAGCUCUACGGACCUCUCAUGCUGGUCUUCACACUGGUAGCCAUCCUCCUCCAUGGGAUGAAGACAUCUGACACCAUUAUCCGGGAAGGUACCUUGAUGGGCACAGCCAUUGGUACCUGCUUCGGCUACUGGCUGGGUGUCUCGUCCUUCAUUUACUUCCUUGCCUACUUGUGCAACGCCCAGAUCACCAUGCUCCAGAUGCUGGCACUUCUGGGUUAUGGCCUCUUUGGACACUGCAUUGUGCUAUUUAUCACCUAUAACAUCCACCUCCAUUCCCUCUUCUACCUCUUCUGGCUGCUGGUGGGUGGGCUGUCUACUCUGCGGAUGGUGGCAGUGCUGGUAUCCCGCACCGUGGGCCCCACUCAGCGGUUGCUCCUUUGUGGCACCCUGGCUGCCCUGCACAUGCUCUUCUUGCUCUACCUACAUUUUGCAUACCACAAGGUGGUAGAGGGGAUACUGGACACGCUGGAGGGCCCCAAUGGCCCCAAUAUCCCGCCCAUGCAGAGAGUCCCAAGAGACAUCCCUGCUGAACUCCCUGCUGCUAAGCUUCCUGCCACCAUCCUCAAUGCCACAGCCAAGGCUGUCGCUGUGACCCUACAGUCACACUGACCCCACCUGAAAUCCUUGGCCAUCAUCCCCCUUUGCCUCAGCUGCAGAGCAGAGGAAGAUUAAAGGACAGUCCUGAUGACAUGUGUCUCUUUGAUGGGGUCUCCAGUUGUCACAGAGCUGUAGCUGCUUAAGCACUUCCUUACUGCCUACGGGGCUUCUGAACUCCUGGCCAGAACUGCAGACUCUGCAACCAGUGCAGAAAGUGGGUCAGCUCCACUGAGGCCUCCUCACCACCUACCCUUUCCUUGCUCUUAACUCUUUCCCAUAUUGUCUUGCUAAAUAUAGACUUGGUAAUUAAAAUAUUGAUUGAAGUCUG